AUGCCAGCCGUCCAGACUCUUGCCCGGUCCAAAGCUCUUGAGAUGCCUCGCUCUCAACCUCACCCUCUCGCUUUAUUUUCCCUCGAGCCUGUCAAUGACCGGGCCCGGGAGGUCAUUGCUCAUCCGAUCAACCAGGACUUUGUCUCCGUACUCAAAAACGGCAGCCUUGCUCUCGACAUUGGCCACAUCCGCUCCAAGUCGGGACCCACGACUCUAACGACGCUGGGAUGUGGCGACGCGGACAUCUUUGUGCCAAACGGCAGCAUCUCCAAAAUUCAGUGUUCCUUUGAACUAGAUCUCGAUAAUAAGGUUGUCAUGCUCUAUGACCGGUCACACAGCCAAUCAACUCAAGUCUCCGGUGAGAAUGCCACCCCGUUCGAGCAAGGACGUGUCCGCAAAAUUGUUGUGCGAGAGGGGCUGAACACGCGGCUUGGAAUGGGCGGCGAGCGGCGCAAUCUUGUCCAAUUCAAGUUCAACUGGCAUCCUGGGGCUGGGAUGGACAAGGUCAAUGACCUAGUGAGAACUUCACUGGCUUACGAAGAAGAUCCCCGAUUCGCUCGGACAAUCGACGAGGCGGACACGGUCUUGCCCACUAGGCGGGAGACUAGGCUUCACACGCCAGGGAUCCGGCGAUUCGCGGUGAGAUACGUGAAGGUGGAUUUUCUUGGAACCGGACAAUUUGGCGAAGUGCACAAAUCAAUCGAUGUCGAUUCGGGCAGGCUCAUGGCCGUGAAGAUAUUGAAGCCACCUGCGAACGCCCAAAAACAACAGCUCGAACACUGGGACCAAUCGGUGCAUUCUGCGCUGAAGCGAGAAGUCGCAAACCUCGCCAAUAUAAGCCAUCCGCACAUUGUCGGCUACAUUGUAUCACAAGGCUGGGAUGGGCCCGUGUUGGAGAUCUUCAUGACCCUCAACGAAGACACCUUGGAGUCGUUAAUCGAGAGCGGAGCCCGCGGACGUGUCGCCGAAUCUGCUUUCCAUCAGAUGCUCAAGCGCUGGAUUGUCUGGCUCUGA